AGGAAGGACAGGCACAAACAGUAAAGCGCUCAUACACACGCAGAGUUGUGUCAACAAAAGCAAACAGCCGAACAUGACUCUCAGUCGUGUCUGGACAUUCCUGUGCCUUUUAGCAGCAGCGUCUGCAGCGACCGUUCUCUAUCCCAGCCUUGGCGGCUCAGAGACCCUGACUUGUGAAUGCCCGGACCACCAGUGUCAGAAGGUGUACUGGUACCGUUUCCUCCAGGACACUGGAGAGUUCCAGUUCCUUAUGUUCGGUAACAGUGCGAACGCUGUGAAGCAUGCAGAGGGCAUCACCGCAACCCGCUUCAAGUUGUCUGCAAACGAGGGGGCCAAGAUCACGUAUUCACUGCGCAUCACCGGCCUAGAGAAGAAUGAUGCGGGCAUCUAUUCCUGCAUGUUUAACAGUCCAAAGCAUGAUCAGAAGAGCCAGAUGCCAGCUGGAUACUACAUCAGGCCUGGAGAACACGCACCCACUUCACCACCUCCAACAGUAAAGAUUCCAAAGAAAAAAAAACCUCAGGUCUGCCCACCUAACAAUCAGCCAGUGAAAGGCUGUAAACCUCUGGUGCUUUGGCCGAGUGUGGGUGUUCUUCUGGUCCUGGCAGUGGUUCUGAUCUCAACACUGUAUUACUUCAGCAGACUACCAAAGAAGUGCCGACAUCAGUACACCAAAAAGAUGCAGCUGUAAUGAGAUGACUCUUAUGUUCCGUCGGCCAUGAAGCACCAUUAGUGACCGUCUCCACGAUCACUCUCCGCUAAUCAAGUUUGUAGACAUAGUUCUGAACAUAGAUGUUUAACAUUGACAGUUUGUAAUUCAUCUAUAAAACCAAUACACAGCCUUGCCAUGUUUGCAGUUGAUGAUCCCCUUAUGCUCUACAAUAAUGGUCAAUAAGUUAGGCUUAAGUCAGGAAAACAGCUACUGCCUUUGCACAGAUCUAAACUACUUCACUUUCAGUGCUAAAACAUCAGUACUGAACAUUUCGUUUUGUCUUCCUAAUGUUUACU